UGUUCUAUGGGAACCGGGCCUGUCGAUUCAGCUUACAAGGCAGUCGAUCUUAUCGUAAAGGAACCAGCGACGCUGCUUGAGUACUCGAUGAAUGCAGUAACAGAAGGCAUUGAUGCUAUCGCUACGACUCGAGUUCUCAUCCGCGGAAGCAACAAAUACUCAUCUACAAAUGCAAUAACCGGUGAGGAAGUUCUAAGGACCUUCAGUGGAACGGGAUCAGAAAUAGAUAUUGUGGUGUCAA